AUCCGGACCGAUUGCCUCCAUCCUCACCGGCGCGGUGAUUCCUCCCCGCGACGGCAAUCUGAUCGCCGUCGAUGCGUCUUCUCCGUCGAGGAAUCGCGGACCUCAGGUGCUCUCCCACGGACGAUGAAGCGGAUCUCCGGAGCGUACCAGUCCAGCUAUGGAGAUGACGAUAGCGGCGCCUCGUUUUGGCGAUCUCUCGUAGCUCUCCGUCUCUCCCUCUCCUCACGGGUUGGAUGUCCAGUUCAUAGCCGGCUCAGAUCCGGUAUCUUAGAUCGGAGUGUGAGACAACGGGAUCCGAAUCCAUCAAAACGGGUCCGACGAAUUGACUCCGUUCCGGCAUGAAUCCGAUCCGUUUUGCAGGUGCGGCCCCAGGUGCUCUUCUCAGUUCGACGUUUCCGGCCAACUGCUAUUCGUCUUCGUCGCGUCGCCCCCUCCUCGUCCUUCAAGCCCUCUCUCUUUGUUCCCUCAGUCCUCCACGGAGGAUUAGCAAUUUCCACUCGUCUCGAUCGCAACGUUCACCAUCAUUCUUGCCCCAAUUCAUCUGGCUGCUUUUAGAAGCGAUCUUGCGUCGCCCCCUCCUCGUCCUUCAAGCCCUCUCUCUUUCUUCCCUCAGUCCUCCACGGAGGAUUAGCAAUUUCCACUCGUCUCGAUCGCAACGUUCACCAUCGUUCUUGCUCCAAUUCAUCUGGCUGCUUUUAGAAGCGAUCUUUGUAGAUCUUUCUGCUCUCCCCGCAGUUCUUGAUACACGAGGAUGGGAAGGAUCCGAACCUUAGGAGCGAUCCUGUCGGUUCUUUUCCUUUUGGUUGCAUCCGUUGCUUCGUCUCGUGUUCUACUUGAUGAUGAUAAGGUUUCGGUAUCUGCGGCCCCGAAUCCGGUUGCUUCAGCGAAAAGCAAUGUUUCUGGAUUGAGCCAGAAGCCUCCACCAAAACCUAACAACUCAACUGUUCCUGGUGGUUCUACCUAUCCACCACAACCCAGCAAGAUAGAGAAUAAAUCUCCACAAAAUUCGAUCUCUCGAGAGCAAACCAAGAAAGAUGAUGGUGCAACAGGAUAUCCGAGAAGGGAAGAAGACAAUGCUAAAUCUGGAAGCUCUGGCUCGACUAAAGAGAAAAGUAUGAGCCCGACUAAACUGGAAGAUAAUUAUGUGGUAAAGGAGACUUGCGGACCUCAAUCUACUAGAUGCAUUAAUGAUAAGUUGGUCGCUUGUCUUCAACAUUCUGAAAAUGAUUCAAAUAAUUUGUCCCUUUUAGUCCAGAAUAUUGGGGAUGAUGAUUUUAAUGUGAAAAUUUGGGGAACACCUGCUUUACAUAUUGAUCAUGAUAUUGGACCUCUAUCCAGAAACAUCUCCAAGAAGAUUAAUAUUCCAGUUAAUUAUUGGAAUGUUACAGAAAUUGUUCUAAAUGCGGGAAAAGGGGACUGUGUUCUUCACAUUGCAACAUCAGUUUCUAACUGGAACCUUCUCCAGCAGUUCCUUGCUUAUGCAACUCGUCUGACCCCAAUUUAUGGCACCUACUUUUUACUUGUUACUGUGGUUCUUGUUGGUGGAACAUGGGCCUGUUGCAGAUUUAGGAAGAGAGGAAAGAGAGAUGAUUCUGGCAUCCCAUACCAGCAGCUUGAGAUGGGAGCACACCCACAGUCCAGUUCUGUAGCUGACUCCAUGACUGUUGAUGGCUGGGAUGAGUGGGAUGAUGAUUGGGAUGACGAAUCAGUGACAAGGCCUCAGAAACACACUACUCCUAGUGUUUCAUCGAAUGGUCUUACUUCAAGGACUCCAAAGAAAGAUGGUUGGGUUGCAGACUGGGAUGACUAGGCUUUUAACGAGGUAAGAGCAUGGAAGUUAUCCAAGAAAGAGGAAUGACCAAGGAAAGUCCAUCUCAAGGAAAGAAAAAAAGAAUGUUACAGCUUACAGAGUCUGAAGGUAGCAUCAGGUGGAUUUUGCAUGAGCAUUUCAGAUAGAGCUUGUCCUGCUUAAAAUGUUCAGAUGGGUUUCUUGGAAGAUGAAAGCAAUCGUGUGUUUGUAAAAUUUUGUACACUAGAUUCAGUUGUCAUUCCAUAUUCCUUUCCGUUGAUACAUAAAACAAAGUUAUGUUGGCCGAGUCCAAUGAUCUUUGAUUGGAACAUUCAAUUUAGACAGUUACACACAAAAUGUGAAACUGUAUGAAUGGAUCUGUUUGGUUACAACUUCA